AUCAUGGCCGCCGAGUUAGACAAAGCUGUCGGCUUCGAAACUCGGAACGAACCAGUCGCUUGGAACCGUCGCGACCUACUCUUAUACGCUGUGGGAAUCGGCUUCAAGAAGGAUGACCUACAGUUCGUUUAUGAGCUCGACCCUGGGUUUGCUGCGUUUCCGACGUAUCCCGUUGCUUUACCUCUCAAAGGAGAGAGUGAAGAUGUAAAUCUGUUUAAAGAUCGUGUCAAGGCAAAAGGUGCUCCCGGUCUACCAUCGUUUGACCCAAAUCGCGUGGUGCACGGCUCGCAGUCACUUGAAAUACUCAAGCCUCUGCCGCUAGUGAGUGGUUCCGGAUGGAAAGUCAAGUCUCGUAUAGUUGGCGUACACGAGAAUAAGUCCGGUGUCAUUGUUGACCACGAAAAUGUACUUGUUGAUCCGUCGGGCACAGCUUACGCAAAGUUUUAUAACUCGGCAUUCAAUGUCGGAGCAAAGAUUACUGGACAGAGAUAUUCGAAAACGAUCGCGGGACCACCGUCAGCAAAGGCUAUCCCAAAGGACAGAAAGCCAGAUUGGGUCACCACGGAACAGACGUCGCCCGAACAAGCCGCUAUUUACCGUUUGACUGCGGACUAUAAUCCUUUGCACAUUGACCCCAGCAUUGGUAAAGCAGCUAACUUUGGCGGCGUCAUCCUCCAUGGACUCUGCACCUACGGUUUCGCCGCACGCGCGGUACUCGCUCAAGUAGGUGGAAACCAACCCUCUUCUCUACGGUUCUUCGGUGGUCGCUUCACGAGUCCUGUCCGCCCUGGAGACACGCUUGAAACGUCCAUCUGGGAAGUGGGCACAGGUCCAGAUGGCACGACUGAGGUCACGUUCGAGACGAAGAACUUGGCCUCUGGGAAGGUUUGCAUUGGUGGAGGCAUUGCAUAUGUGAAGAAAGUGGAGAAGAGCAAGCUAUAGGCUUGACUCAGUGGGGCAACAAAUCUUGAGAGAGCGUAGUAUUUCUUGUUGGUCUCUUGGAUCAUCUGUAUGAUUUUUUUGAUAAAAUCGAUCUACCUGUCUUGUGUCGAUGUUUUCUAUACUGCAUAUGUGAGUACUUUGGAAUUAGGCAUAUUGGUGAAUCAGCUCAGGUCAGAUUCAUCAAGUAGCCAGAGG